ACCGACAAGCGGCCACCAAAACCUGACAAGGACUACUGCGCAAACGGGAGACUGGUUUUUUGACCAGAAUAUUACUAAUAACUCAUGGAACAAUUCAACCGAAAAAUCGCUCAGUUAUUUGACGAAAUGUAGGCCUUUUCUCUUAUCACACACACAAAAUAAUCAUUUUACCGUUUUUAUUUUAAUUUCCUUGGUACACGUCAAUGGCUGGUAUUAGAGCGACAGACGGAGAAGGAUUCAUGAUCUGAUUUGAAAGAAACCGUGCUUUACUGUAAAAGAAUUAUGAUUGGUCGAGGGAUCUUUAAGUACCUGACACUGCUCUUAGGUCUGACCAUUCUGGUUUUACUGGCAAAGAUAUUGGAGAACAAAUUAGAGAAUAAUAACUUUCAAGUGUUUGACGUAAGCUCUUCGUUGACAUCACAUCAGCACAAUAGAGACCAGCGCUCACUGGACAGCGGUGAUUAUAGAAAAGACAGUUUCAUCACUAUAGCAACAAAACACAGAAAGGAUUAUAACUACGUUGAUAUGGGGGAUGAAGAUGACGAGUCAAGCGACGACUCGGAUAUCCCCACUAUCUUUGCUAUCACCCCAACAUACAAACGUUUUACUCAGAAAGCAGAACUUACGAGAGUCUCACAAACUUUUCGUCACAUUGUUAACUUUCACUGGAUUGUUAUCGAAGACUCGAAAGAAAAGACCUCUUUGGUACGAAAUUUCCUCGCGAAUUGCGGGCUUAAAUACACUCAUUUGAAUAUUAGGACUCCUAAAUUCAUGCAACGGUCACGAAAGCAGCCACGCUGGGCAAAGUCACGUGGCCUUGAACAGAGGAAUCUUGGGUUGUCAUGGUUGCGAAAAAAUGUGGAUCCAGAUGUGACGAGAGGGGUGGUGUAUUUCGCCGACGAUGACAAUACUUACGACGUUCGGAUAUUUGAAGAGAUGCGUAGUAUCUCCAGGGUCGGAGUAUGGCCCGUCGCCUUCACCGGGGCGGCCCGCUGGUCCGGGCCAAUCUGCAAGCACGGUCACGUGAUUGGUUUCCAUAACAACUGGAAGCCUUGGCGUUCGUUUCCGCUAGAUAUGGCGGGCUUUGCUAUCAACAUUCGUGUGUUACUGGUUGAUUUUCCAAGCGCCAAAUUCGAGAAGACAGUGAGACCAGGCUUGAUGGAGACUUCCUUCUUGGAGCAAAUUACUACAAGAGAGAAACUGGAGCCGAAAGCAGAGGGCUGUAUGAAGGUCUAUGUAUGGCACACUCGUACAGAAACGCCAGUCAUCAACAUCAACGGUGAGCGACAGCUGAUCAAGAGAGGACGUCCGUCUAACCCUGAAAUAGAGACAUAAAAAGUUAUGCUAAUCUAUUGUUUUAGCCGAUAGAAUGCUUAUAUAACGAGUUUUUUAGUAAUUAACUAAAAAUUGUAAAUUAAACAUUGAUCAUCUGA